AUGGACGUAGCCACGCCUGAUGCUUUUGUAUUUUUUCUUUCAGUGAUCCACUCACUCAAGUAUAUCACAACAGGGUCGUUUGGAAUUCCAAACUUCCCAGAGUAUUUGAGUGUGGGUUACGUUGACGGCGUUCAGAUUUCACACUACGAUAGCAAGACCAGUAAAGCAAAAGCCAAACAGGAGUGGAUGAAGAACAUUGCAGCUGAGGAGCCACACUACUGGGAAAGACAGACACAUUUGAAUAUUGUUAAUCAGGACAAUGCCAAAGACAAUAUUGAAAUUCUUCAAGAGCGCUUCAACCAAACGGGAGGUCUUCACAUAAUCCAGCACAUGUUUGGCUGCCAAUGGGACGACGAGACCGACCAGGUGGUUGGUUGGUAUAACAUGAGUUACAAUGGAGAGGACUUCAUAUGGUUCGAUUUAAAGAGACUGCAAUGGAUCGCCGUCCAGCCGCAAGCUGUCGUCACCAGAAACAAGUGGGACCGAGAUGAGGGCUAUAAUGAACACUUGAAGUUCUACAUGAGGGAGGAAUGUCCUUCCUACUUGAAGAAGUACGUGAGCUUUGGAAGGGACGUCUUAAUGAGAACAGAGCUCCCGCGGGUUUUCCUGCUGCAGAAGACGGCGGGGUCGCCGGUCACCUGCCACACCACCGGUUUCUACCCAAGGGCUGCCGUCCUCUUCUGGAGGAAGGACGGCAAGCGGCUCGACGAGAACGUGGAGGUGAACGAAAUCCUCCCCAACCACGACGGGACCUUCCAGAACAGCGCUCGCCUCGUCACGGUGGACGAGCACGCUCGCUACGAGUGCGUCUUCCAGCUGGACGGCGUCCCGGAGGAUGUCGUCACUCCACUGGACCACGGAAAGGUGCUGAGCAACGAGUGCAUCCAAGACCGAGAAUGGUGGCGGAAGAUAGAUGGGGCCUUCACCACCCUGUUUGCCCUCUUUCUGGCCGCCUUCGCCAUCUCUGUCAUCAUGUUCGAACGAGCCAUAUUCUCUCUAAUUCAGCAAGAAAGGAUGUACACGGUCAUGGCCGUCUUUAUAAACCUCCUCCCUCUGGCCUACGCUGUCACCCUGUUUGUUUUCAAGCCCAACCCAGCCUAUUGCGCUCUAGUUCAGCAAGACAUGAGGAAUAUGAAUGUGGUCAAUGGCGUCCUGAUGAUCCUCUUAUCUCUGGCCGUCGCAGUCACCGUCUUUGUCAUCAAGUGCAAACGAGCCAAAUACACGCCCGCACCUACCUGCAUUGAUUCUGACCCCUCCCAGACCAGUUUUCCCAAGGCAGCUUCUUCCCCCGAGGCCGACGGCGCUGGAGUCGCUUAUGCCAAGACGGCUUUUACCCAAGCCACUUCUUCAAAGAACGACGCCGCGGAGGACGCUUCUCCCAAGAUCGACGCUGCCGGGAUUGCUUCAGCUUUUGCCCAGGCCUCUUCUCCCAAGACCAAAGUCCCCGAGGCCGCUUCUCUCGAAAGCGACGCCCCCGGGGCCGCUUGUCCCAAGACUGAUGCUGCUGGGAUCACUUCUCCCAAGAUGGUUUUUGCGCUAGCCGAUUUUCUCAGGACCGAAGCCCCUGAAGUCACUUCUCCCUUGACCGAUGCAUCGGGGGCCACUUCUCCCAAGACCACCGCCCCUGGAGUUUGCCCAAGACGGCUUUUGCCCAGGCCACUUCUCCCUAGACUGAAGUCCCCGAGACUGCUUUCCCCCAGACUGAAGUCCCACGGGGCCGCUUCGCCCAAGACCAAAGUCUCCGAGGCCACUUCUCUCGAGACCGACGCCCCUGAAGUUGCUUCUCCCUUGACUGAUGCAUCCAGGGCCACUUCUCCCAAGACCACCGCCCCUGGAGUUUACCCAAGACGGCUUUUGCCCAGGCCGAUUCUCCCUAGACUGAAGUCCCCGAGACUGCUUCCCCUGAGACUGAUGUCCCGCGGGGCCGCUUCCCUCGAGACCGAAGUCCCCGAGGCCACUUCUCUCAAGACCGACGCCCCUGAAGUUGCUUCUCCCUUGACUGAUGCAUCCGGGGCCACUUCUCCCAAGACCACCGCCCCUGGACUUUACCCAAGACGGCUUUUGCCCAGGCCGCUUCUCCCUAGACUGAAGUCCCCGAGACUGCUUCCCCUGAGACUGAAGUCCCGCGGGGCCGCUUCUCCCGAGACCAAAGUCACCGAGGCUGCUUCUCUUGAGACCGACGCCCCUGAAGUCGCUUCUCCCGAGACUGCUUUUGCUCAAGCCACUUUUCCCUUGACCGACACCCCUGGGUAUGCUUCUCCACAGAAUGACACCCCUGGAGUAUCUUCUCCCAAGACUGCUUUUGCCCAAGCCGCAUCUGAGACUGACGCCCCCGGGGCUGCUUCUCCAAAGUUGGCUUUUGCCCGAGCCUCUUCUCACUAGACCGACACACUCAAAGCCGCUUCUCCCAAGACCGAAGCCCCCCGAGGCUGCUUCUCCUAAGUCAAGAAGACUCCCUCCAAAAUGUCAUGUGACGCGUUACAGGAGUGCUGUCAGCAUUGCUGCAGAGAUUGAAGAGGUGGGGGGUCAGCCUGUUAGUGCUCAGACCAUACAGUGGGGCAAAUAAGUAUUUAGUCAACCACUAAUUGUGCAAGUUCUCCCACUUGAAAAUAUUAGAGAGGCCUGCAAUUGUCAACAUGGGUAAACCUCAACUAUGAGAGACAGAAUGGAAAAAAAAACACAAAAUCACAUUGUUUGAUUUUUAAAGAAUUUAUUUGCAAAUCAUGGUGGAAAAUAAGUACUUGGUCUAUACCAAAAGUUCAUCUCAAUACUUUGUUAUGUACCCUUUGUUGGCAAU